AUGUAUUAUGACGGACCUAACAACAUUUUAAUCGUUGGAGAUUAUGGAAAUCAACGUAUUUUACAAUUUUCUCUCAAUAAUCCGUCGUCAGUUGCAACAGUAAUUGCUGGAAGUAAUGGCGCGGGUUGUAACCUGAAUCAACUUAGUGUUGCUAUCGGAGUAGGUCUUGACAGUUCUGGUCGAUUGUACGUAGCAGAUACAAGCUGCAAUCGAGUCAUCAGAUUUCCACCGAAUUCAACUUCGACGACAUCUGGUACACUUCUCGGUUCUAUAAAUAUACCACAAAAUCUAUUCAUAAAUCCAUUGACUAGUGAUAUAUAUGUAGUUAGUUAUGAUGAUAAUGCGGUAUACAAAUUUGUUGGAGGCAGUGGAUCACCAGUGAUUGCAGCAGGUGGUAAUGGAAAUGGAAAUGCUUUAAAUCAGCUUUCAGGUCCAAAUGGUGUUUAUUAUGAUUAUUUAUAUACAAAUUCUUUGUACGUUACCAAUACUGGUAAUUAUAAUGUAAUGAAGUUUCCGUCAAGUUCAACCAGCGCAACUUAUGGAACAGUUGUCGCUGGAGGUAAUGGAAUUGGAAGUGGAGCAAAUCAGUUCAAUAGUCCAAGAUCUAUACUGGUCGAUAGUCAAGGAACUCUCUAUAUAUCUGAUGGAAAUAACAAUCGUAUUCAACGUUGGUUGAAAAAUGCGACGAGUGGUACUACAAUCAUUGGUGGUACACAAGGAACAGCAUCGAAUCAACUCUAUUUCCCUGAAAUGAUCCUCUUUGAUAAAUAUGGUAAUUUAUUGGUUGUUGAUAGAAGUAAUCAUCGAAUACAACUCUUUAAUUUAACAACAUGCUAG